AUGGUCAGUAAAGUAGCCAAGCGGAAAGCUGAAGUUUCAAGCUCCACUUCAAAGUUUUCAGAUACAAUUUCUGCCAGCUGGAACGCCUACUACAAGCAAGUUUCUGAAAACCUGCAUCUACGGCUGAUCGACAGUUUUCUCGUGGUUUUGGUAGCUGCAGGCAUUGUGCAAUUCCUGUUCGCGUGUGUUAUUGGUGACAGUUUUCCUCUGAAUGCCUUUUUGGCUGGGUUUUGUGCUUGCGUAGGCCAGUUUGUUCUUCUGGUCAGUUUGCGAAUGCAAUGGGUAGAACCAUUUCCCGGGGUUAGUCGUGAUCGUGCGUUUGUUGAGUUCGUGGGCGGAUCUCUGGUUCUGCACUUUCUGAGCUUGCAUUUCGUCAAUUGA